GUCAAUACACAACAAACAUUUCCGACUGACGUAGUCUUCGGCAAAGUCCGGUAUAUUCCGUUGACGUGCCCACCAGAUGGAGUUUUAAACCGGAAGUGGUGUUGUUUUUUGUAAACGAAAAUAGGGGGAAACACUUGUUGCUUUAUUAGAGUAUUUAUAUUUGUGACCUUAAAAUGGAUAAAUUAAAGAAAGCGCUGAGUGGAGAUGAUGAAGAUGAAGAAUCUGGGAUUGUUACACAGGUAUCAAACUCCACCACAUUAAGCUGGUCCACAAGACUGAAAGCAUUCGCCGUUUGUUUUGUGUUGGGGAUAACCCUCUCCAUUUUGGGAAGCGUCCUUCUAUGGUUUAAGAACGGACUUGUUCUGUUUGCUGUUUUCUACACAUUUGGAAAUAUUUUGUCACUAGCAAGUACAUGUUUCUUAAUGGGACCAUUUAAACAACUGAAGAAAAUGUUUGCAAAGACAAGAGUAAUAGCAACAAUUUUAGUCCUGGUGAUGUUUGUCCUGACUUUAGUCUGUGCUUUUGCACUGAAGAACCCUGCCCUUACGUUGGUGUGUUGUGUUCUACAAUUCCUAGCCCUAACCUGGUAUUCUCUGUCAUAUAUUCCAUUUGCAAGGGAUGCAGCCAAAAAAUGUUUUGCAUCUUGUUUAGAAUGAUAUCCUAUCAACAUUCAUGAGGCUUGAACUCCUUGUUUGACUAUCUACAUACUGAUGAUAUUUAUUGUUUAUUUCUCAUCCUAUCCAUUUGACCAAGUGCUAUAAAGAGAAAGUACUUGUAUUUUCAUGUAUAUUUUUGUGAAUUGUUUACAGUUAUGCUAUUUUUAGAGGAAUCGAUGUAAUUUUUGGAGACAUAUUUGUAGGUGUUAGUUUUAGUAAGGGAUGAGUACAGAAAGUGAAGUUUCAUAAUAAAGCCAUUAAGAUCAUUUUAACGCUCUCAGACUCGAAAAGUAUGGCAGCCAUUGACGUUAUGAAGAAUGGACUGUAAAGAUGAGGUAUUUGUAUUUUUUAGUUAUUGAUCAAUGUCAUAUGUUCAUCCAUUCAUAAAGAAUUUUGAAGUAAACAAGUGCUAAAGUGUGUGUGAUUUUACAGCAGUUUUCAUUCACAUUUCGAGGCCUUCCUGUGCCCCCACUUGUUUAGGUGCUAAUGUUCAUUUAUUUUACAAUCAAAAUGAUGUUGUUUGAAUUUUUAGUAUAAAUAUAACAUCCAACAUACCGGGUACAUAUUUUAAAAUGUAUUUUUGUGUACAAAGAAUUUAGCACUAGGAAGACAGGCUAUUUUUUGCAGUAGGUGUACGUACAUUUGUAGUAAAAACAUUUAAUUUUAUUGACAAUAUUGAUGCAAUGCUGUAAAAAGAGACAGCUUUAAUACAUCCAGUGUAUAUGAUCAAUGAACAAACUCGCUGUUUAGAUAACACUGAGAUUACUUUCAAGCAAAUUGUUGUUUUCCCCCAACCAUCCAUUACAUGUGACUCAAUGUAAUUGUGAAGCUGUCCAUAAAUUUGUUGUCUGUAAAAUAAUUUACCACACAGUGCCUGCUCAGUUUUGAGGGUAUAACAGAUUGAAAUUCAUUUGUAUGUAUUUUUAUCCAAUUCUUGAAGAAAGUAUGGUAAUGGAAAUUAAAAAUGGUCCAUUUUACUUUGCAGUUUCAUUUGUGGUGUAUUUAUUUUUGUUAAGAUUCUGCCAUAAACUGUCCAUGAUUUAUGUUUGAUUCACUGCUCAUCAUAAUAAAGAAUCAAUCAUUUUACAAA